AUGAACUCCCACUCCAAGACCCCAGGCGGCGCAGGAGCCAGCGACAAGUUCAAGAAGCAACAAGCUGAGAAACACGGUCUCGGCGCCGACAAUGCACCAGGCCACAAGGAUGCCGCCGCGCCAGGCGAGGCACCUGUAGCUGGUGAUUCUUACGUUUCAACGGUUGGAAUCGAUAAUGGCACCAAUCAGCCUGGUGAAAAGGGCAAUGUUGGACAGCCGGUGGGUCAUAUGGGGAGCGAGACGAUUAAUCAGGGGAAUCAGAAGUGA